AUGUCGUCAGCUCCAAGACCCAAACCAUGGGAAGCAAGUGCUGGCACUUCAGCAGCUGUGGCGUCUGGUCAAUCUAAUGAACUUCCUCAAUCAUCAACAACCUCGGCUUCAACAAAUACAUCAACAAGUUCAGAACCUUCAAUACCUGAAAGACCAACUUCAUUGACAAGCUCGAUGACAUCAACAUCUCCAUACUCUUAUGGUGAUUCUUAUGGACUUGGAAGUGGUAUGGGUGGAUAUGGUUCAAGUUAUAGUGGAUUAGGUGGUAUGGGAGGAUAUGGUUCAUAUGGUGGGUUAGGCGGUAUGGGUGGUCUAGGGAGUUAUGGAUCAAGAUAUGGUGGUAUGGGAUCAAUGUAUGGUGGUGGAUAUGGUGGAUAUGGAGGAUAUGGUGGUGGAUAUGGAGGAUAUGGAUCAGGUGGGAUGUAUGGACAAAAUCCUGGUGCUAAUGGUCCUGGUGGAUUUGCUGAAAGUACUCAAGCAACUUUCCAACUGAUUGAAAGUAUAAUAGGUGCAUUUGGUGGAUUUGCACAGAUGUUAGAAGCUACAUAUAUGGCGACUCAUAGUUCCUUUUUCACAAUGAUUUCAGUUGCAGAACAAUUUGGACAUUUAAAAAAUGCACUUGGUUCAUUCUUGGGGAUUUUUGCAUUAAUCAAAUAUGCUAAAAAGCUAUUGGCCAAAAUAACAGGAAGACAGUUAAAUAUCAAGAUAGAUGCUAAUGAAUUUCAAAAAUUUGAAGCUAAAAAAAUUUCAAACUCAGAUCCAAAUAAAUCAACAAAGAGAAUAAGUUUUAAACCUUUAUUAAUCUUUUUAGUAAUGGCUAUAGGUACACCAUGGGCAUUGAAAAAAUUGAUAACACAUUUGGCAAGUCAAAAAAACCUACCGUUACCAGGAGGUUAUCCAAAUGGCCCAGGAGGUCAAUUAAAUGGUCAAACACCAACUGAUUUAUCAUCAAUUGAAUUUGGUAGAGCUCUAUAUAAUUUCGUACCAGAAAAUAAAGAUGUUGAAUUAGAAAUGAAAGAUGGUGACUUGGUUGCAAUUUUAUCCAAGACAGAUCCUAUGGGUAAACCAAGUCAAUGGUGGAGAGUAAGGUCAAGAAAUGGGAAGACUGGUUAUAUACCUUCAAAUUAUAUAGAAAUCAUCAAAAGAAAACAAACAGAUCAACAAAACAAACAAAUCGAAUCAGCAUGA